AUGGCCACGCAGAUCAGGGCCGACAUACCGGGCGAGGGAGAGCCGCAGCUUCGAGACCUCGUGCUGGGCUCGCAAUUGGACUGGAGCUCCAGCGGAUGGCCGCUCAGAGAAGAGUCGACACAAGUCUCUCCCAAGAACGGCUUGCUGGAGCUUCAGCAUCCGAAGGAUGCCUACGAUGCACACUGCCGCGCGUACAUGCCCGAUGUCCUGUCUGCGUUGCGGUGUCACGUGGACGUGAGAGCUUCCGAUGGCCGCACCCUGAUCCUGAAAUAUUGCGCCAGUUAUUUGCCGAAGUUCUCCAGUUCGUUCGCGCAGGAGAUGCUCAACGAUCAAGCCACCGGAUUCGCCCUCGCGAGACGCAUCCUGGCGGACUAUCAUCCCCUGCAGCCGGAGAUGGUCCUCCAGCUGGCAGCGCAGCAGCUUCCGCAGUUUCUGAGCUCGGCAGUCGUGCGCAAGUUUUGCGUGCCGGUACCCUGGCGGCAGGACGCCCCCAAGUGGGUGCGGGACUACAUGGCUUGCGGGUGGCGCCGACGCAGCACCUCCCUGCUUCAGUAUCUGCGUCUAGCCGGCUCAAAUGGACAGAUAGCUCAGUGCUAUCGUCGGUAUCACAGCAUGAACAAGCUGGAAACGCCGCUGGUGGACUGGAUCCGGACCUGUCCGAAUCUGGGGAAAAUAGCCGUGGCCUGUACCAUGUAUUCCUAUGGCAACGAUGCCUAUUUCGGACAGUGGCUUCUCUUGCACGUGCCCUUCAAUGCAGUGGACGAUUUAUGGGACGAGCGAGCCGCCUCGCUGCCCCGCGAACUGCGCUAUCUCGGCCUGUGUCUCUUGCAUCGCCCAGAUUUUUGGAGGGAUCUUCGUAACCUCGCCGAGCAAAUGGAGUCGGAAGCUCGCACUUUCGUCUACAGCCAAAACGUGCUGGCGCUCGUGCGCGCGCGCAUCGAGCUCGUGGAUGCAUACCUGUCUGGUGAAUUGCAGCUGUCCACGGAUGCUAGGACUAAGCCGGAGGCCACGACCCAGAUAGACCGCGCCGACUUCGCGCCAGACCAGGGCUUUGCCUACAUGACGGUGAUGCGCAAAGUCAUGCAGGCACUGGAACAUCGAUGGCCCGAGGACGGCGACGAACGUUCCUGGGGUGCAUGGGUCACAGCGACGAGAGCAGCGGUCGUGGAGAGACCCACGGCCGUGCUCGGUCCGGCAGGAAGCGGAAAGAGCACUGCUGUCCAGGCUGCCAUUCGUGAGGCCGUGCGAGCGAGCGCUCGUGUCGGUGUGGCCUGUCCGACCGGGUUGCUUGCCACCCGCUACAAGGUCGAUAACCCGGAUUUGGACGUGGACACCGUGCACGGCAUGUUCGCGCUGCACAAGGCCGAGCAAAGCACGCUGGAAAUGAUGGUCGCCUACGACCUCGUCGUCAUAGACGAAAUCGGACAGGUGCCCCUCUGGAUCUUCGAACGCAUUCUGCGUCUUUGGGACGCGGCAGAUCGGCGACCUGCACUCGUGUUUGUUGGCGACUUCUGCCAGCUCCGGGGCCCGGAUGGCACCUUUGCGACGCAGAGCGCACGAUGGUCCGAGGUGACGGUGCUUCGUCUGCACUCCAUGCGUCGUUGCAAGUGUGCUUCGCUUCGAUGGAAGCUGGAACUGCUGCGGGGGCACACGCCUACCCAGCCUCAGUUGAGAAAAAUUCUGGCACGACAUCGUGCAUAUGCCUCCAAUGGCCCGCCGUCCGCGGAAGCCAUCCAGCAAGUUUUGGGCAAGAGGCCCUCCACGCAGUUCGUCACCAUCACUCGACGAGGUUCUGCACGCAUCAACGCCUUGGUCGUGAGAGUCCUCUUCCGAGAUCAAGAGCCACUUGGAGUGAUUGCGACCGAUCCCGAGGACAAUCCUGCCAACUUUCGUGGCACUGCCCGAGUCGGCGCGGAGCCCUUGAAGAUGCCAAUCUUCGAAGGAAUGCGAGUGACGCUUACCAAGAAUGAGGACAAGCAGCAGGGCUUCGUCAAUGGCAUGGGCGGGCGGAUUAGGCGUCUGCGCACCAGCGGUGUGGAGGUCGUCCUCGACAACGGCAACAUCACCCUGGUGCAUCCGACGACUCAAGACUACGAGCUGGCGACGGGAGACUUCUGCAGGACUACUGCCCUGCCAUUGCGCCCGGGCUACAGUACGACGCUCCACAAAAUUCAAGGUGCCACCCUGGGUCACAUCACCAUCUGGCUAGAUGUUCCCUUUGUACGAGGGGCUGCCUACGUGGCCUUGUCGAGGGUGCGGAAAGAUGCGGACUGGCAGUUCCUGGGCACCAUCUCCAGACGCGAAUGUCUGCCCGCGGAGUGUCCCUAG